CUGUCUCCCUGGUGGCCCGUGACCCGGAAGCUGUACUGGCUAACAUGGUGGCGCCCAGAAGCAAGACAGAACUGGCCUGGGUUGUGCGGCUGGUCCCGUGAGUAGGUGACUGUGGAGCAUGAGCCGUGUCCGAGCUGUGCUGCUGGUCCGAAGCCUUGCCAGGGGCCACGCUGCCCUCCUAGGAGCCCCCUUUUCCCAGGUGCCCCAUCUGGCCCCCCGGAGUCUCCAUUGCAACUCCGCCCACCGCACCUCCGAGAAGUCCGUGGUCCCUCAUCCGCCUGAGCCUGGGAAGAAGCCUGUGAAGGUCCCCGUGCCCUACGAGGACCUGUUCCAGUUGGCACCAGGUGGGACCCGGGACAAGGCCAGCUUCAUGAAGGCCCUGCAGAGCUUUGGGCAGCACAAUGUGCGCAAGCGCGGCCAUGUGGACUUCAUCUACUUCGCGCUGCAAAAGAUGCCCGAGUAUGGCGUGGAGCGCGACCUGGCUGCCUACAACCUCCUGCUGGACGUCUUUCCCAAGGAGGUCUUCCGGCCACGCAACUUCAUCCACACCCUCUUCUUCCACUACCUGCUGCAGCAGGAUUGCGGCGUGGCGGUGCUGCACCAGAUGGAGAGCAACGGAGUGAUGCCCAACAAGGAGACAGAGUUCCUGCUGUUGCAGAUCUUCGGCCGCCAAAGCUACCCUAUGCUCAAGUACAUGCGCAUGCACCUGUGGUUCACGCGCUUCCUGAACAUCAACCCCUUCCCGGUGCCCCGCGAUCUACCCCAGGACGCCGUGGAGCUGGCCACACUUGGCCUGCAGCACAUGGAGCCGGACCUCAGCGCCAGGGUCACCGUGUACCAGAGGCCUCUGCCCGAUGACAAGACAGAUCCAGGGGAUCCCACCAAGCCUCACAUCGUGGGAAUCCAGAGUCCUGAUCAACAGGAAGCCCUGGCCCGCCACAACCCAGCCCGGCCUCUCUUUGUGGAGGGACCCUUCUCCCUGUGGCUGCGCAACAAGUGUGUCUAUUACCAUAUCCUCAGGGCUGACCUGCUGCCCCCUGAAGAGCAGGAAGUGGAGGAGAUCCCGGAGGAGUGGAACCUCUACUACCCGAUGAAGCUGGACCUGGACUAUGCAAGGAGUGGUUGGGAUGACUAUGAGUUUGACAUCGAUGAAGUGGAGGAAGGCCCAGUCCUCGCCAUGUGUGUGGCAGGUGCCCAUGACCAGGAGACGCUAGCCAAGUGGAUCCAAGGCCUGCAGGAGACCAACCCAGCCCUGGCCCGCAUCCCCGUGGUCUUCCGGCUGGCUGCGUCCACUGGGGAGCUCCUGACGGCCUCAGGACCAGAGGAUCUACGCCAGUCCCAGCGUGAGGAAGACGAUGACCACCUGCAGCGACAGCAGCAGGGCCAGAGCUGAGUCUGCGUGUGCUGUGGCCCAAGAAGGCUAUGGACUGCUGUGAAAGCGCGAGACGGCCUUUGCGUGCACAGCCAAUAAAAUGUUUCCGCCUCGGG